AUGCUUAUAGCUCCUAUAUUGUUGGGGCUUGCGGUUGCAGCUCCAAUUGAAGACAUACCAAAAAGAGCUGAUGUCGUAAUAAUGACAACUACACAAGAGAUGGGAUGGGGACAGCUUUUUGGCUUUGGAGGUACCACUCAACAGCCUGCCAUCGCAACACCGGUGGUUGCAACAACGGCAGCUGCAAUUAUACCAACAACUACUCCUAAAGCAUUUGCUGCAGCCUCAAAUAUAGCUACAGCAGCAAAUACUCCAGCAGCAAAUACUCCAGCAGCUGCAGCUGCAGCACCAGCAGUAGCACCCUCAACACCAUCAACAGCCCAGGCGGCACCAGCUUCCUCAGCAAACAACAGCAAUGGCGGCUUCUUCUCCUCUUUGUUGAACAUGUUUGGAGGCUCUCUGUCAAGCCCAGCACCAGCAGCUGGAUCUGUUGCGCAGGCAGCACCGGCAGCUUCCCCUACUCAGGCACCAGUGCAAGCACAAGCGCCGGCACUGGCACCAGCGGCCUCAUCAUCAUCUUCCGGUGGAAGUGGGUGGUUCUCCAAUCUUGUCAGUUCUAUAUUCGGAGGUGGAGGAGGAUCUACUCCUCAACCUUCAGUGCCUAGUACAGCACCAGCUGGAUCCGUAAAGCCAUCCUCUUCUCAAUCCCAAUUUGGCCUUGCCAAUCCUUCCACAAUUCAAUUGAAACCCAGCUCAAGUGCAGUUGGUUUCUCUAGUCUUCAGGUGUCCUCUUCGACUUCUGCAUCUUCGGGAGGAGCUCAACCAGCAUUCACAGGAUUAGUGACCGUUGAGGGAGCUGGCGGCGAUACUGGCUCAUCACCUUCAGGCUCCAAACCAUCACCUGGAUCAAACGGACAGGUCUCACAGAUAGUGAGUUAUGCGGAAGGAGGAGCUGGUAUCACUUAUUCCCCAUACACUAAGAGUGGUCAAUGUAAAAGUGCAAACGAGGUUGCCUCUGAUAUUCAAAAGCUUCUGGCAUUUGGAAUCAUUCGGCUCUACUCAGUAGACUGUUCGGGUAUCCAAAACGUAAUUUCGGCCAUGUCCUCUGGUCAAAAGCUCUUUCUAGGUGUUUGGGAUAUCAACAACAUCAAUAGCGAUUUACCUAGUAUGGCCCAACAGGUCUUGAGCGGUAAAAGAGGCUGGUCUGCUGUACAUACAGUUGCAAUUGGCAAUGAGGUCGUCAAUUCAGGGCGCGGGUCCGCCUCUCAGGUUGCCAAUGCUGUCAAUGCCGCCAAGUCUUGGUUUCAGGCCAAUGCUCCUCAGUACAGUGGUCCUAUCGUAUGUGUUGAUACAUUGGCAGCGGUGAUGGCCAACCCUCAACAAAUGUGUGGAAUUGGAGACUAUUUAGCAGUGAAUUGCCAUCCAUAUUUCAGUGGAGUUGAGGCCUCAACCUCGGGUACUUGGUUGAAGCAGCAGGUUUCACAGCUCCAGCAAACUUGUGGUGGUGGUAAGAGUAUUCUCGUUACUGAAAGUGGAUGGCCCAGCUAUGGUAACACCGUUGGCCAAGCAGUUCCAUCUCUUCAAAACCAAUUGUUAUCAAUCAAGAGCUUAUCCCAAGUUAUCGGCGAUCAGGUAAUCAUGUUUACCAUGUACAACGAUUACUGGAAAGCUCCCGGCGAUUGGAAUGUGGAGCAGCAUUGGGGCAUUUAUGGAGACCCCAGCUCUUAG